AUGCGCGCUCGGGACAUGCCGGCGUCCAUGACCACGGAGACUCCUGCCGACGACCAGGAAGACGCGUACUUGGCCCAGCGUCAGUCCACAAUGGACUCGGCCACGUUGGACAAAUUGUUGAUGGCCGAGAAGAACUUGGCACAGGCUGGACAAGCCACUACCAACGUCUGGAAGCUCAUUGGUAAACUACCGAGCGAAGAGAGCGAGUCUCCACCGCCUCCUGCGCACCCUACAGGCCUCUCAGCCAGCGUUUCCAUGCCCUUACGUCAGAACUCCAGGUCCUCAUCCAACCUUUCCGCCUCUCACGGGAUUGGUAGUAGUCCUAGACGUCACACCAGGACAUCUACGCGACGGAAAAUCUCCACACAGGCGUCAGACGACAUUGCGGCGGGUAAAUUCUUAUCCACGGGACCUCCAAGUCCUAUUAACGGCAACAAAUGGGCGUCAACAGCCCCGUCAGGCUCUAGAGCGGAGCUGACGAUUGACACAACAGAUACAACCAGCGUAGAAGCCCGAGCGAGUCCUAGAUACAACAUGGAGAUCCCUCGUCCUGAGAUGGCCGUGGGACGCAGCUCAUUGGGCAAUUAUGCGCAGAGUAACAGCUUCUACGACCGACCAGGACACUUUGGCGCUCGUGCAACCGACACAUUGAGUGACUCGAACAAUUAUCUAGUGGAGAACGGACGUAGCCGAUCCACACACAGUAGCAAUGUCUUUGGCUUUAACCGCAACGCGGCGCCCUUGUCCGAGGUGACUCUGUUCACCUUUACAGUCAAGAAGAGUGACAGUGUGCUGGAGAAACUCGGCAGUAAACGCGCCAGUAUCCAGCUCCAGGUGGACGCGGACGAGCGGAUGCUCUACUUCCUCUCAGCUCAUGACCAACGCGAGGAAUACAGCUGUGCAGCUGUGACGGCCAAGCCGCAGUCCAGACUGGGUAUGCAGCUCAAGAUCCAGACGGGAAAUGCCAGUGUGAACAAGAAGAUCACGUUCUACAGCACCGACGACCGAGCCAACUUCGUCCAGGCGCUGGAACAGGGCAAAGUUAUGAUCAAUAAGAAGACAACGACUGCUGCUACGCCCUCUCGAGCGUCUUCCGAGGCGAUUGACGAGACGGCGUCGACAGUUUCCAGCACGUUUGAACGCUCCAAACUCCGAGAUUCGAUGGUGAGCGACCACUUCCAACUGCUGCCCGGGGAGUCGGUGCUGGAGCAUGUUCAGCGUGUUACGAACCUCGUGGUGAUGUCCCAGAGCGACCGAGCAGUGCAGGGAGUGCUCAAGAUCACGUCGUAUCGUAUCACAUUCGUCCCGUACGACGCGUCGUGGAAGUUUGGCUCGUUUGAGUUGCCUCUGGCUGCUAUUGACUUGAUUACGCGCGAUGGACUGAUGCUUCUGAUCACGUGCAAGGACCUGAGGACUUUGAGACUCGCCAUGCACGACGCGUACUCACGGAAGAAAGGAUACGACCAACUUCCGUCCACUCCGGACUUUCGGUGGCUUAACUUGCUCACUCUCCGCAUGAAGCCGCCUAAUAUGAUUGGUGCGCUGUUCGCCUUCGACUUUCAUACGGAGAAGGCCAAGCAGCGUAGCUGUUCUAUCCCGGAGAAGCAUAAUGGCUGGUUUGUGUACUCACCAUUUGCUGAGUAUCAACGUUUGGGCUUUUUAUCGGCCAAGAAACAGCCGGAAGAGGACGGAGUCAUCACGUGGCGGCUUCUCAAGAACUCUAAGUUCCGUUUCAGCCCCACGUACCCUCAGCUUAUGGUUGUGCCGUCGCUUAUGUCUGAGGAGCAGCUAGUGCAGUCGGCACGCUUUCGAUCACGCGCUCGUCUGCCUGUCGUCGUGUGGCGCCACCCUGUGAACAAGAGCGUGUUGUCUCGGUCCAGCCAGCCGAACUACGGCAUGGCAGGCAACCGAUCCGAACCUGACCGGAUACUUCUGCGCGCGUACCGCGACUCAGCCAACAAGAACAGCUCCAACAUGUCGCCUCCUCUCCACAUUAUCGAUGCGCGCAAGCCUAUCGCCACCAAGGGCAACCGGUUAAAAGGAAAAGGCGUGGAGAACUCACAGCACUACGACAACGCGACUAUUGAAUUUAUGGGCAUCGCCAACAUUCACAAGAUGCGCGAGUCCUUGGAUGCGUUGAAGUCCCUCGUUAGUCCUAGCAGCGUCGAAGAUGGCGACAAACAUUACCACAAUCGUCUCGAGAACACUCGGUGGCUGAAGCACGUGAUGCGAGUACUGUCUGGUGCUCGUAGAGUAGCAGAGGUUCUUCAUGAAGACGGUGCGUCGGUACUGGUGCACUGCAGUGACGGCUGGGACCGCACUCCGCAGCUUGUGGCUCUAGCGCAACUUAUCUUGGACCCAUUCUACCGUUCCAUUCGAGGGUUUGCGAGUCUCGUGGAGAAGGAGUGGUGUUCGUUUGGACACAAGUUCGCCGACCGGAUUGGCGUGGGCAAAGACAUAACUGACCAGCCGAACGAGCGAUCCCCAGUGAUGCUGCAGUUCUUGGACUGUGUGUGGCAGAUGACGCGACAGUUCCCGACGUGCUUCGAGUUCAACGAGAAGUUCCUGAUCCACAUUUCGGACUCGCUGAUCUCCGGACUCUACGGAACGUUCCUGUACAAUUCGGAACGUGAGCGUGUGCUGGACAAGGUGUGGGAACGCACAGAGUCGGUCUGGACGCCUGUAUUAGAGAACCCUGGACCAUACAAGAACCCGUUAUACCGACCGACCAACCGGGUGCUGUACCCACGUGCAAACCUGAAGCGUGUGGUGCUCUGGGACGGCAUGUUCUUCCGCUGGGACCCGGAAAGUCAUCCAGACUACAUGGAGUUUAUGGAUCCAGUGGAGAAGCCUGACGAUGACGCGUCAACACAUGGCUACGAUGAAAACGGCAGUCCUCGAGGCCCCAGUGUGCUUGACCCGCCAUCGGUUAUGCCCAUUGGUGGCGACCUGGAAGACAAGGUCGAACUCGAUAUCGACGUGAUCCACGACUACGACGAGUUCCGGACCAAGACGCUGUCGGACUGCUCGGACAUGAGCGACGACGACGACUUUGAGGUCUCCCCCAGUGUGACGGCACGGUACGAUGGCUCGUCGACGUUGACGGCUGACGAACUGAACAUGACGACGCCAGCAACCAGCGAAGCCGAUUCCGAGAGCUCAUCGGAGACUCGUGUCCCACUGGACCCAAGCGUGUUGAACCGAUAUCAUCGUGGAGUCGAGGAGCGUACGCGUCAACGCGCUCAGGGUCGGAAUAUACGGGAAGCGUUGCUGUUGGCGCCAGAUCAAAGUCGCAUCAAGUACUUGGAGCAGCUACUGAGCGAGAGUGUCGCGCGUGAACUGCAACUUGAAGCAGAACUGGAUUCCGUCGUGCACCGACCUGUGCGAGGCACAAAUGUGGUCUCGAAUGGCACUAAUGGCUCUUCUAAUGUGGCAGGGGGCAGUGAAAAUGGCUCUAGUCACUCCAAUCCAGGCGGUCGCAGGCAGUAG